GGAAAGGUAGCGCCAGGGGUUUUCAACAGCUACCAAAAUCCGAGAGGCUCGAUUGCCUCGUUGGAAGUAGGCGGGCGGGCUUAUUGGAGUCGGUAACCAAUUCGUGCAACUAAGCGAAGCACUGCUUGGCUUUUACCCUUUCUCUGAGUUUCCUUCUCUAAAAGCUCUUCUGUCUGAGCUCACACCGUAGAACAUCCUUCAUGGGCCCCACAUGCACGUCAACAAGUUCUUAGACGAAUGUGCCUUUCCGUUAGCUGUACCACUUCUUGUUCCUUCUAGUCAAGACCGAUGGCCAUAGGCUCGUCACGGCACGGAUAUGCGUCCAGAUCCGCGGCGCACGGCAAGGGGUCGUCUUUAAUUACCUGGGUAAUUAAAUGGCUCCCUCUAGUUCUCCUACUAUGGAUACUACUCGCGUGGACAGCGCCGCAGCACAUCCUCUCACACAUGUUCGGUGUAACCUACGCCACGCCGGCUUCUAUCGCGUACGCGGAAGCCGAGUCAGCGGCGGGGGCGGCGGCAAUCGCGGAGGAGGAUGGCGGCAGUGGCGACGACAUGGGGAAGUACGCGAGAGCGGGCGACGGCGGCCGGGGCCUAGAGGAAGGGACAGCGGAGGGCGGCGGGGGUCCCUUGGACGACGAGGGUCCAUUGGAGUUGCCGCUCCGAGUGUACCUGUAUCCGCUUCCUGCCGCCUUCAACUUCGCCAUGCUCCAGGCGCAGUGGAACGUGGGGUGCCGUCUGGACAUACUCGCCCAGCACGGCGUGCCCCCCUCCUGGAACUUCAACGCCUCCUCCUCCUCCUCCUCCUCCUCUACCUCCUCUCUCGCCACGUCAGCAGACGGCGAUGCUGACGGGGACGGAGAUGACUCCCUAGACCAAGCUGCCACCGCCACUGUAGGGGUAGCGGGAGGAGGGGAAGAAGGUGGUGUUGGCGGUAUCGGUGGUGGUGCGAAGGACAUGCAUCUGCCGUUGCUAGAGGACACGGACGAGCUGGCGAGGGCGUCGGGAUGGUCGUCUGAGGCGGUGGCAGUGCAGGUGCCGUGCUACCACAACUUCCCCUACUACUGGCAGCACAGCGUCGAGUACUACCUCACGCUCUCGCUGCUCUUCGGGUCGGAGGCGGUAGUGCGCGUGGAGGAGCCGUCUCACGCGGACAUCGUGUUCCUGCCUUACUUCUCCACGCUCGCCUUCCGACUCAAGGCCAACGCGCCCCUGAACGCGCGGCUGCUGCCUGUCAUCCCGCGCUUGGCCACGCACCCACUGUUGGUGCCAGCCGUGUACCCGGUGACCUUUGCCAACCAUUCGCGCGCCAUGCAGCCCGUCAGGAAGAUGGCUGUCGACCUUGACAUGUACCCACCCAUGGACGCGGACCCGCUGAUAGACGUGGUGGUGCCGUAUGCAGCCCUGGUGCCCGCGUACUCCGAUGAUCCAGGGGCGUGGCACCAGCGGCCCACGCUGCUCUACUUCCGCGGCAACAAGUGGCGCGCUCAAUCUACUGAGGGCCAGCCAGUGCGCAGGGCACUAGCAGAGGUGCUGGCAGGGCAGCGGGGCGUGGUGUUUGAGGCGGCUCUGGCGUAUGACGAGGACAACAUCAUGGGGGCCGCGGGGGGGCUCCGACGAGCCAAGUACUGCCUCUCGCCCGAAGGCGACACUUCGUCGAGCUGUCGGCUGUUCGACAGCAUCCUAUCGGGGUGCGUGCCUGUGGUGGUGUCGGACGCCAUCGACCUGCCCUUUGAGGACCGCAUCGACUACUCCACCUUCGCCCUCUUUGUGCCCACCGCCCUCGCUGUCCGCCCGGGGCACCUGCUGGAGCUGCUGAGGGGGCAGAGCCGCACGCAGUGGCAGCUGCGCUGGGCCAACAUGCGCCGGCUGCGGAAGCACUUCGAGUUCUCAUCGCCUCCUGAGUCCGGGGGAGCGGAGGACACGGUGUGGCGGGCGGUGUCGAGGAGAAUGCGCGGCAGCACGGCGAGCGCGGGGGCGCAACGCAACCGGCGGCAGCGCCUGAGACUGCUGCUGCGGCAACUGGCGCAUUACGGACUGAAUGCCUCGCACCUGCAGCAGCCCGUGCACGUGCGCCCGCCCGUGCACCUCUAGUAGUAGGAUCUGAGCAAUCCCCUAUGUAAACCACAGCUAGAGAGGCUGAAGCUGCUUCUGCAGUGGGGUGGAUGGCAUGGCACACAAUGGGCGCACAUGCAGCAGCCCUUGCACGUGCGUGCCGCUAACCCCCGUGCACCUUUAGCGGGUAGUUCAUUCCAAGGUCGAUCAGAGAUAAUCUGCACGAAAGAGGCCGAGGCUGCUGCUGCUGCUGCAGCUGGCGUAGCAUGGGUGGCACACUACGGGCCUGCACCUGUGCACGUGCGGGCGCCUGAACACUUUCAGUAGUUUGUAAAUCGGAGAGAAACUGCUUCAUAAGAAAAUGUGAUGAUGUAG